CACAUAUACCCACUGACUUCUCCCCGUGUUACACGGUCAGCUACCAAGAGUGAAAUAGUUACCACUACCAAUAUAAAGAAAAAUGAAGGCUUUCAUUGCAGUUCUUUUCGUGGUUGCCUCGGUUCUGGGCGACCCUGAACCCAGUAAAACCAUUCAGAAGCGCAGCGGACACCUGGGUCACUAUGCUGAUCUUUACGGCCACGGGUUGAGCUCGGGCAUCGCUGUCCAUGCUGGCCCAGCUUUCGGCGCCCACGGAUUAGCCGGCCCAGCCAUUGCUGGUCAUGCCAUUGCUGGUCAUGCUAUUGCUGGUCCUGCUAUCGCCGGUCCUGCUAUCGCUGGUCCUGCUAUCGCUGGUCCUUAUGGCGCCGGUGUGAUCGCCGCCGAGGGUGCCGGAGGAGCUAUUAUUGGAGCUAAUGUGCACACCACUAUAACUAGACACGUCGGAGUACCCGUUCCAGCUCCGUACCCUGUUGCCGUCGACAGACCUGUGCCAUACCCAGUCAGAGUUGGCGUACCUUACCCCGUGGACCGCCCCUACGCCGUACCCGUCCCCAGACCUUACCCAGUAGCCGUUGAGAAGCACGUCGCCGUACCAGUCGACAGGCCCGUACCGGUACCCGUACCCCAUGCAGUACCGGUACCCGUGGUCAAACAAGUUGGAGUACCAGUCCCCGCUCCGUACCCAGUGGCGGUACCCAGGCCUGUUGCCGUACCAGUACCCGCUCCAGUGGCUGUACCUUAUGUGAAAUCCGUCAUCGGCGCCCACGCACACUUGGGCAGCGCAAUCGGACACGAUAUUCACUCGCACGGCUUCCUCGCACACAAACACGGAUGGUAAAGAAUGAAUCACUUCGCUCGAUUGAUUGAAUCCGUAUCAAAGGGUACGUAAAUGGGAACAGUUGCAAUGCGGGUGCAUUGUGGGAUGGCUUGCAAAAGCAAAUUUAGCCUUUUGAGUAUUCCGAACCACAACUCUGAUAGUUUUUGGUGUACAUACAAUCGAGUGAUAAAUAAAUGAUUCUUUUUUUUUUUUGUAAAUGGCAUCGCAUGGGUUCUCUGUAUGUUAGUCAAAUAAAUAUAUGUGAUUUAAUUUUAAGUUAGUUUUAAGGGGUGCGAGAUUAUAACUCUAUGUGAAUUGUUAAUGGACGUUUCGAUGUUUUUAAACCAUUUACAUAAAGUUUAAGGGGUGCGUUCACAUUUUGAUAUAAAGUGCAAUAAAUGCCCAAAAUACGUCACGUAUUUCGAUUCGUAGGAAUACCAAAUAGAGUUCGUAUUCGCAAUAUUUGCAUCACUAUUAUCUCAUAAUUUUCAAUACUUUUGUAUAUAACUUAUAAAUGCUUAGAUACACUAAAUUACUGUUUAUGAUACCUAAAUUCUCUAUUUGAGAAAAAAAGCCAUCCUUUUUUUUUUAAUUUUGUGAUCACUAGCGUUAUUUCGAUUCUAAAAAUCACAUAGGUACUACAUUUACUAAAAUUAUCGUCCAUAGUAGAAUAUAGUACUAACAUUUUCUUUUAUCCAAAAAUAUAUUCAAUUUAAUGGCAACAUAAAGAAUUUGAUUAAAUAAAUAUAUAAAAAGAUAAAAAACACUAAUGUGGUAUUGCUACGAAUUGAAACGAUUUCGGGACACAGAUUGAUUGAUAUUUCGUGUGAUCUCUUGGAGUUAUUUUGUUUUCGUAUCUCGAAUCUGCACCGUUGUAUAUUGUAGUCUGUAUCUCAACUGAACAAGGUUUAAUUUCAGCCGCGGUCGACUAAAAACUAUUGAUUGAGCUACCGAACAUUUUGUACGAUUUUUUGUAAUAAAACAUCUUGUAAAUACA